CAUCGUCGCCAUUGAGUGCGCGCAGCCAUCUUGAUAAUCUCUUUUGAGACGUGCAGCAGAGUAGUGGCGCAUACGGGCCGAAAUUUACUUCUCAUUUGUUCAUUUGCUUGCGAAGCGAAGUUUGUCGAUCGAAUAUCCCCGAGUUCCAAGUAGUGCCAGUCGUUGUCCCCGGAAAGGGACCGUUCAUCUAAUUUUGCUCCUCCGGUGGGGCUCCUCCGUAGAUCCGUAGACCUACCCCUUGCCAGCACCCUUCUUUCCACUGCCCCACCCCCCCUGACACACACACCGCGUAUAGGAAUACCUGUACCGUUUGUAAUAUACGGUUGAUGCUGAAGAGAAGCAGAGGCAUUGACCUUUGAGUGAACUCUUUCGGUGUGAGCACGGGACUCGGCAAGCCGCGCGCGCGUACGCAACAGAACGGUGUUUGCGAGAUUUAAUUUGGCACACAAAUAACGAAUCACACACAGAGUAGCCUCUAGCAAAGGCUGUGUUGGGAGAAGCACAUUUCCGGGUUGGUGCUUUUUGAAAAGCGGCGUGAAGCAGGAAGCUUGCGAACAGCGCGGAAGAUCCGUGGAUCGUUUCCCGGUGGCAUCGCAGGACACGGCCCGGCGACAGCCAAGUGUGUGGUAAUCACCAAUCAAACAACAAAUACUUGAAGGCUGACUUGUGUCUACCGGUGCGCUGAACGUCAAUCAAACAAUCUAUAUAUCCUCGCCCCCAUCCCAAACACGCUCGCGGACAGCAUCCUUAGCUCGCGGUGGUACGGCAAGCGGAUAAGUAAAAGCGAAGAUGGCAUUAAAAAGAAUUAACAAGGAAUUACAAGACUUGGGGAGGGACCCACCUGCACAAUGUUCAGCCGGUCCAGUCGGCGAUGACUUGUUUCACUGGCAGGCAACCAUCAUGGGCCCGCCAGACAGUCCGUACCAGGGAGGCGUAUUUUUCUUAACUAUACAUUUCCCAACAGACUACCCAUUCAAACCGCCAAAAGUGGCUUUUACGACACGCAUAUAUCAUCCAAACAUCAACAGCAACGGGUCGAUCUGUCUGGACAUAUUAAGAUCUCAAUGGUCUCCCGCCCUGACAAUUUCCAAGGUGUUGUUGUCAAUCUGCUCUCUGUUGUGUGAUCCCAACCCCGACGAUCCAUUGGUGCCGGAGAUCGCCAGAAUAUAUAAAACCGACCGGGAAAAAUAUAAUGAACUUGCCCGGGAGUGGACAAGAAAGUAUGCUAUGUGAUGCGUUCCAGACGAAACAUUGCUACGUAAGCCCUACACCUACAAGAACGACAAAUGUAAGAGCAACAGCAGCAGCAGCAGCGUGCAGUUUACCAUCCACUAUCCGCGCAACAACACCGGCAGCAGCAGCACCAGCAUUAUUAACAGAAACAUCCGCCAGUAUGGUUGUAGGAAGCAAACGGAGAAGAGGAAGAAGCCGCAGUCCUGGGACGGUAUCGAUAGAGGUAGCAUCAUCAAAAUUCGCAGUAGCAGAAGCAUUGAGUGUUUGCAGUAUCAGAAACUGCAAAAGCAGCAGCAGCAGCAGCAGCAGCAAAAAAAACAACAGGAAGGGAAGUUUAGUAGCACGGAGCAAAGCACCAUCAUUGAUAGCCGCUCCCGCAAGCAUCCGUACGAUCAGCUGAUGCAACAACUACGCCGCUAUUUUUGUGUGCUGGACCAAACCCCAGACAGCAGCAUACGCCCGUACUAUUAUAAUCAUCGCAAUAGAACCAGCAGCGAGGAAGAGCAGCAGAAGAGGAAGGACGACGAGGAGGGAAGCGAUGCUGGAGGAGGCAACCUUAAUUUAACAGACCAACUCCACAACACCAACAACCACGGAAACAACAGCAAUAUUACCAUGCCCCAUUACUACUAUCCUUACGCAAGCAUCCGUAUGCCGCUGGCUCGUUGCACCUGGCAGUUCAUCAUCAUCGCGCCGAAGCACGAUGGUGAUGAACGUGGUAGCAGCAGUGGUUUGGUUGGACACAAGAAGCUAAAGGGCGGCCGCUGCUACUACUGCUGCUUCUGCGGCGGUGGCAGCAAUUACGAUCUGUGCUGUCACAAGCGCGCACCCGAACAGCUUUUGCUACUGCUUUUCGUUAGAUUAUUAUUUUAAACAUAGAUUGCCGCCGGGAUAUGCCUCACGCAGCAUGAGAUGAACCGGGCAUAUGAUUUAAUAUAUUUCCAAAAACCACCAUCAUCCCCCCCGUCGCCUGAAACGUUACAAUCACACACACACACACAGGGGGGGUAGUCGGUCGGUCUGUGCCAGCGAUAUUGAACAUCUUUUUGCAACGGCACAUAGACCUGCUCGUACCGGUUGGAUUGGGGAAGCUACACGUUACAUCCCAUUGCUUUCCGCUCCAACCCCCCCUCUCCAGUUGUAGUGUAAAACAAUUACUCUCUCGGACAGCAUCGAUAGAGAGAGAGAGAGAAAAAGCAGUACCAGCAGCCAGCCAGCAGCCGCCCGUCACAACGAUCAGACUAAUAAGCGGCCGCGUAACGAAUAUUCGAACAAUUAGUCAGCCCCCGAAACAUCCUUGUAUACGCGUGUGGAGCAUAUGAGCAGCAGAAGCAAAGCGAUUAGGUGUGAUAGAUGCAAAGCGAGGGAGUGGGAACGAGUGUGAGAGAGAGAAGGAGUGGAGUAGGAGCAACAGCAACAGCAACAGCAGGACAUCAGAUUUAGGGUUUACAUGGCAUUCGUUAUAGCUGCAGAUAUUUGUAAGUUAUUUAUUAAUAAUUGUCAUCUGCUGUGACGUUUGCCAAACAUAACAACAACACUAGACUUGGGGAAGGAAACGAACUUCUGUUCGUGGUGAGGAACUCUGUACUAUUGAUAAUCCAAGCACUCGUAUGCCCCUCACGCUCGCACGCAAGAACACACACACACUAAGAAGCCUGGCUAAGGGAUACGUUGGCACACUUCCACAAACUCCCUAACUGUUGUACGAUGGCGACGGGGGAAACAUCCUUUGUUAAUUAUUUAGAGCAAAACAAUAGAUCGAAAUUCACAUGUGCAGAAAUACAAAUUAAUAAAUAUAUCAUUAAACAAAACGAAACAGUACAGGAGCGCGUGCUUGGCUAAAGGUAGCUCAUAGACCCCUCUGCUUCUCGUCGUCCUCUCCCACUGCUGGACCCAAUCUUCGAUGUGCCGUGUGUGUGUACGUGUUUAUGUGCGCUACCAGAUGAUGCACACAAAAAUGCAGAGGGGGGAGGGAGGGGGUGUUAGCAUUUGAAAUAGCGUGCGUGCGCGCGUGUGUGUAGUAGUAGUAGUAGCAGCAGCAGUUAAUCUCGCUCCAACAAGAACAAGCGAUAGCGAAGACAGAAGACCGUCAAGAUAUUAAGGUCCACAGAGGUGGUGGAGAAGGUAGGGGAAGGAAGAGGCUGCUACACACCGCGGUAGAAUAACACAAGCGUAGGCUAUUUAACGCGCGCCUACCCUCCUCCAUCCAUACACGUAUGUGGGGGAAGUGUAUGGUGCAACACAAACACUCAAAUAUGGGGCAGGAGGAAAAACGGACACAGCCAAGUAGAGUGGUAGAUGAUGCCCGGAUGAUGAUGAUGCUGACGAUGAAUCCUGUGGGUAUAGAGAAAGUAGGGCAACAAACAACAACAGCAAACAGACGAAAAAUGGGGCCGAUCAAGAUGAAAGAGGAAGAAGAGUUUUAAGGCGAGAGGACACUAAAUGAGAAACUGGCGUUACUUUGCGUGUUAGCGGAUGAUUUACAACAAAACAAAAACAAAACUAAACUAAACAAAACAAAGCAAAAAAAAAAAGAGGAAAAACAGAUAGAAAGAUUCACGAGAAAAUAACUAGUGCAGGUUUAAAUACAAAACGCUAAAAAACGGAAAGGAGUAAUUACAUAUAUAUUACACGUAAA